CACUGGGCUGGGGAGGGGGCUCUCCAUUGGAAUAUCCCUACCCACGUUGGGCCUUAGGGGGACUGUCCCACCCCUCCCCAGCUGGGGACUCCUGGGGUUCAGCCACCUGGUUUCCCUUUCUGUUUCUAGCACUACUGACUUUGGGGAAGCCCCGGUUUGGGGGUGUAGGGAAAGGGGUGGGGAGGAGAAACCUAGCCAUCUAAUCCUUGGAAUCUAGCACCAUCCUUCAUUCCAGCUCCAGGCACUGGGAGAUGCUUGGCUUUCCUCUCACAUGCCCACUUCUCACCUCCCCCCCUCGACCCCCCCCCAAAAUUAUAGAAUCUUAGUAUCAUAAGAUUUAGAGCUGGAAAGGGCUUUGGAGAGUAUCUAGUCUAACCUCCUCAUAAUACAGAAAAGGAAACACAGGUCUAGAGAGGGGAAGUGGCAUGCCUAAAGUUAUAUAGUAAGUAGGCGAGCUGGAAUUUUAACCCAAGUCCUGGUAUCUGAAUAAGUGCUCUUCCCAUCACACCAAGUAAGAAGUAAGAAGGUAUUGGUAGAAGGGAGAGGGCCAAGUACCCUCUCUAUGUAGGUAGGAGUAGGUGGAUAGGAACGAAAAUGAGAAUGGCAAGCCCCUCUCCUGGUCCCUUGCUUGGCCUUUGUCCCGGCUUCUGCUCUCUCACUCUCAUCUUUUUCUUUGAAUCCCCAGAUACAAAGUAGCUUAAGAAAUGUUUGUUAUUGAAUUAAAUUGAAUCCAAUUACCCUCUCUUUCAUCUCCUCCUUCAGGUGCAAAGUCAUGGCAGGCUGGAUCCAGGCACAAAAACUUCAAGGGGAUGCUCUCCGCCAGAUGCAGGUCCUCUAUGGACAGCACUUCCCCAUCGAAGUCCGCCACUACUUGGCUCAGUGGAUUGAAAGCCAGGCCUGGAAUUCCAUUGACCUGGACAAUCCCCAGGACAGUGUCCAAGCUGCCCAGCUUCUAGAGGGCCUGAUCCAAGAACUGCAGAAGAAGGCUGAACACCAAGUGGGGGAAGAUGGGUUUUUACUGAAGAUCAAGUUAGGGCAUUAUGCAACUCAGCUGCAGAGCACUUAUGACCGCUGCCCCAUGGAGUUGGUCCGAUGCAUCCGGCACAUAUUGUACAAUGAACAGAGGCUGGUCCAAGAAGCUACCAAUGUGAGUGUCCCAGGAAGCUCUGUAAGAGCAUCUUCUCUCAUCAGACUCUCUCUGCACGUUGAAUUUCUCCUAUGCACAGAAGACUGUCCCAAGGGCUGCCAAGGGAUACAAAACCUCCUUCCCCUCCCCUAUCGCUCCUCACCUCCUGUGGAGUCCCAGCUCUCAGAAAGUUUCCAGUUUGAUGAGGGAAACCACAGUCCCUGGCCUUGGAAAUGGACGCUUAAUCUCGGUUUAGACAUAUCUUUUUUUUACAGUGAGUGCAGUGGGGAGAUUUUGAACAAUUGCUGUGUGAUGGAGUAUCACCAGGCAACGGGCACCCUCAGCGCACACUUUAGGAAUAUGUCCCUGAAGAGGAUUAAGCGGGCAGACAGGCGGGGUGCAGAGUCAGUGACGGAGGAAAAAUUCACAGUCCUGUUCGAGUCUCAGUUCAGCAUUGGGGGAAAUGAGCUUGUGUUUCAAGUUAAGACCCUGUCCCUUCCAGUGGUGGUCAUUGUUCAUGGGAGCCAGGACCACAAUGCAACAGCUACGGUGCUAUGGGACAAUGCAUUUGCUGAGCCCGUGAGUGACCUCUCUUCUGUGACUCCUCCAGGAAUGUCAGGCCUCAGGACCCUUCAGACUGUCAUUCAUUAUUGCCUUCACCCAGGGCCAGAGCUAGGAGGACUAUGGGUGGAGAACCUGCCAGGCUGGAAUUACACAUUCUGGCAGUGGUUUGAUGGGGUGAUGGAUGUACUGAGGAAGCAUCACAAGCCCCAUUGGAAUGAUGGGGCCAUCCUGGGUUUCGUGAACAAGCAGCAGGCCCAUGACCUGCUCAUCAACAAACCUGAUGGAACUUUCCUGCUGCGAUUCAGUGACUCUGAAAUUGGGGGCAUCACCAUUGCCUGGAAGUUUGAUUCCCCGGAUCGGAAUCUGUGGAACCUGAAGCCAUUCACAACGAAGGAUUUCUCCAUCCGAUCCCUGGCCGACCGCCUAGGAGACCUGAACUAUCUCAUCUAUGUAUUCCCAGAUCGACCCAAGGAUGAAGUUUUCUCCAAGUAUUACACUCCUGUGCUUGGUAAAGCUGUGGAUGGAUAUGUGAAACCACAGAUCAAGCAGGUGGUUCCAGAGUUUGUCAGUGCAUCUGCAGAUUCUUCGGGAGGCAGUGCCACAUUCAUGGAUCAGGCCCCAUCCCCAGCUGUGUGCUCCCAGUCUCAUUAUAACAUGUAUCCCCAGAACCCUGACUCUGUCCUUGAUCCUGAUGCGGAUUUUGACCUGGAUGAAACCAUGGAUGUAGCAAGACAUGUUGAAGAACUUUUAAGCCGACCAAUGGACAGUCAGUGGAUCCCCCACACCCAGUCAUGACUCCUUACCCCUCCACUCCAUGUCUCAUCACCCUCUUCCCUCUUCUCAUUGAUGGGUGUGAAAUCCAUGCAUCAUUGGAGACAAUAUUCAAAAUUGGAAGUGUUGAUGGUUGUUGGGACCUCAGCAUUUCUGUGUAUGUGAUGCCAGUGGGGUGGGUGGCUUCUUCCCCUACUGUCUAGUGUUUGCCAACAUCUUCAGGGCCUUAGGGACUGUGACUACUUUCUCUCAUUUAAAAGCCAGUCCAUAAACUUUGAUUGUUAGGAGGGAAAGGGAAGGGGUGGGGUGGGGGGAUGUUUUCUUUUUCUCCUUUGCCCUGUUAGCAGCAGUAGGUGAGGCAGGAUUGUCAGAGAGGAGUGGGAGGCAGGACAUAAUUUCCCCAUGUGUGGUCUGAGUGGUUUCCCAAAUGCACCUGUAUGUAUGUGUGUGCACUUGUCUAUGCUCACACACGCAGAUGUCUGCGUAUAAUUAGUCAAUCCAUGUAGUACAGUAGAAAGCCCUGGAUUUGGAGCCAGAAGGCCUGGAUUUUAAUUAUGGCUCUUCCCCUGUGUUACUCUCUUGCAACCUACUUGAUCUCUUCAGUUUCUGUAUUGGUAAGGGAUUGGACCAGAAGACCUUCAAGAGCCCAUCCAGCUCAAAAUCUAUGAUCCUACAAUCCCAUGCACAAAAGGGUCUGGGCUAGAACUCCUGGGAAAUGCUUUACAGAUUGACCCAAUCGUGCCCCCAGACUGGUCCAGGAAGGGUUAACCAGAAACAAGUUGUGGUGUAAGAGCUGCCUUGUUCCUGUGAGUGGUUGCUAGACCUCUUCCUCUCUCUUGGGUCAGAGGUCCUGACCCUUUAGGCCUGACUGUCUUCUCUCAAGUCUCUGUUUUCUUUUCCUGACCCACAUCCCCUCCCCGCCCACACACACAUCAUGACCUUGGCAAUGACCAGAAAACAGGAUGACUUUGGCAGCAGGAGAGGAAAGAUGUCUGGAACGCAGUAAGGAGGACUUAAAGUCUUUUAAAAAAAAUUCUAUCAGAGAAAAAAGAAACUACAACUGUAUCUAUGACUGAUUCCAGAAGCUGAUCUUUGGUGCCCUUGAGAAUCUCAUUGAGAAUGGUUUUGGUACUGACAGGAGCCUUCCCCUAGCCUUGCAUUUCUGUCAGCUACCCAAUGUCCCUUUCAGCUUACCUAGCAGGCUGGGGAAUAGAAAAUUAGAUUUACAAAGUGGGGGAGCAUUUAUCUGUGCUGUAGUGGGAUGUGAGGAUGUUAAGAUUAGUGGUUGAAAUGACUUUGAGAUCAGAGCAGACAGGGGCCAGAGGAUGACACCACAUACUUUUUGUACUUUGUACAAAACAUUUGGAUAAAGUGAAGAAAUGCUGUUUUUGAAUAAAAUGCUUUUUAAGAA